CGCGCGGGCGAGGCCGAGCCGGCGAAAGAUGGCGUCUCCGUCGAUGCUUGGGCAAGUGUACUCGAUCUUGUUCCGCAGGACGUCCACCUUCGCGCUCACCAUCGCCGUGGGCGCCUUGUUCUUCGAGCGCGCCUUCGACCAGGGCGGCGACGCCAUCUACGACAGCAUUAACCAAGGGAAGCUGUGGAAGCACGUUAAGCACAGGUGGGAGGAGAAGUAGCUGCUGACGCCAGGCGCGAGCUCAGGCCACGGGACGGAUCCACGGCCGGGGAGAAGGCCCAGUCAGACCUGCACGGACGUGUUCAUGGCAUUCGUCACUCCACCUCUGCUCCAUCUGUUCCGAGAGCCGGCAAAUAAAGAGGAUGUGAAUUAUCUGUGA